CGAGAGCAAACGUCAGGGGUCAGCAGUCAGCCAGCGGAGCGUCAGUGAGCGUUGCGAACGUCAGGGCGUCAAGCAUCAGUCGCCAGCUGGUGGCCGGCCCGAGCGGUCAUUCCGUGCGCGCGUUCUCGCACGCAUCUACCCGUACGUAUCCCGAUCGAGUGAGGCGCCUUCCCGAUCGCACUUCUAAAAUAAGCGCGUGGACCCGCGUGAGAGAAGAGCAACGUGUGGUGCGGUGAAGCCGUAGAUGCUUCCUCGUCGCUGUCGUCGUCGUGAUUCUUUCGGUAGCGCGAGAUGCGCGCUAUUGAGAUCCGUUGCUAUUGAGACUCGUCCGUUGGGUCAUCGACGGGCAUCACGAAGAUAACGAAGAAAUGUCGUCGGUGUUCUCGAAGCUGAUCGACGGCGCGUCCGCGCGCUACGGCGUGCGACAGGAGACGCUGACGCGCGGCGUCGCCGGCAUCGCCGCGGCCCUCUACCUCCUCAAGCUCACCUAUCCGCACAUCCUCGCUCGUCUCAAAUCGUCCAUCCGAAAGAGAGGAGGCCACCAAGACCAGCGUCGUUCCAAGUCCAACGAGAACGGUAACGCUCGUCGAACGGUCAACGGUCCUCCCGACGACAACGAGAACAGGAUCGCCGAAAGUGGCAAUGAGGGAAAACAAAGAUCAUCGGUGGGACUGGAUCGCGAUUUUCUUCGACAGCUGAUCAUGCUGCUGAGGAUCAUGGUACCGGGAUGGCGAAGCCGUGAGAUGGGUCUGCUGGCGUGCGCGACGCUGACGUUGCUAGCCAGGACCUUCCUCUCCGUCUACGUGGCCGAGUUAGAGGGUCAGAUCGUGAAGAGGAUAGUGUUGCGCGACGUACGCGGCUUCGGCCUCAUGCUCGGACGAUGGUUCGCCAUCGCUCUGCCAGCUACCUUCGUCAAUUCCGCCAUCAGAUACCUCGAAUGCCGACUGGCGCUUAGCUUUAGGGAACGUCUGGUACAGCAUGCUUACAAGAUGUAUCUGAGUCAGCAGACUUACUAUAGGGUAUCAGCUUUAGACACUAGACUUGGCGGUGCCGAGCAAAGACUGACGGAUGACUUGUCCGAACUAGCCAGUUCCGUAGCUCACCUGUACUCUAGUUUAACUAAGCCACUGUUAGACUGUGCCUUAGUCGGUAUCGCGCUUAUUUCGUUCUCGCAUAAAAUGGGUGCGAAGACGAUAGCAGGACCACUAUUAGCGCUAGUUGUUAUUGGUUUAACUGGACAAGUUUUGCGUUUCACUUCACCAAAGUUUGGCCAGCUAGUUGCCGAGGAAGCAACGCGACGUGGCAAGUUAAGAGAAGCUCACGCUCGAAUCAGUGCCCAUGCAGAAGAGAUUGCAUUUUAUGGGGGACACGAUACAGAGCAUCGUUACCUGAAUUCCGCUUAUAAAUCUCUGGUGACGCACUUGCAGCGUAUUAUCGCCGUCAAAUUGUGGUAUGUGAUGUUGGAGCAAUUCCUCAUGAAAUACGUAUGGUCCGGCACUGGACUCUUCGUUAUUGCUAUGCCGUUGCUCUACAACACGGCCACAUCAUCGAGAAACGGGAUUAAUACAGACGGCGAUGGUGGCGUGAGUGAGCGAACGAGAUAUUUGACCACUUCGAAAAAUCUCUUAAGUUCUGGAGCGGAUGCUGUCGAACGACUGAUGUCAUCUUAUAAAGAAUUAGUCGCAUUGGCGGGAUACGCGGCACGCGUCAGCGAAAUGUUAGACGUGUUUAAAGACGCUGCGCUCUGCAAAUAUAAAAGAAACAUUGUCACCAGUAGCCCAUUGCGAUCCCUUUCAAACGGCAACGCUCAACAACCUGCAGAUAAAAUAAUCGAAUUCCAUAAUGGUACCCCAGUAAUUAAAGGAAUUGUUCGCGAAAGUACGGAUGGUAGUAUAAGCCUGAUCAACGUGCCGAUAGUCACGCCUAAUUGUGAAGUCAUCGUACCCAGUUUAACAGUUCAUAUAAAGCCAGGUGACCACAUUCUGAUCACUGGACCCAAUGGCUGUGGAAAAAGUUCUCUCUUUCGCAUUAUCUCCGGUCUCUGGCCCGUCUAUGAUGGAACUCUUAUCAGACCAAGUGAAAGGAACUCGUCUGAACACAGCAGGCCUGCUCUAUUUUAUAUUCCACAAAAACCCUACAUGACUGUUGGUUGCCUUCGAGACCAGAUUAUUUACCCGGCACAUUCCAGAUCAAAAAAUUGUUCAGAUGAAGAAUUGCUGGGAUUGCUAGAUGAUGUAGAUCUACGAAGUAUCGUCGAGAGAGAACCGGAUGGUUUCGACGCUCUUGGCGAUUGGGACUCCACUCUAUCGGGUGGCGAGAAACAGCGGCUUGCGAUGACACGACUCUUAUAUCACGCUCCACAAUAUGCUUUGUUAGACGAGUGCACGAGCGCCGUCAGUCUCGAAGCCGAAGGAAUUAUGUAUGAAACGGCGAAGAAGAAGGGAAUUACCUUGUUGACCAUCACUCAUCGAGUGGCGUCGCUCGCUAAGUAUCACAAAUUGUUGCUGAGAUUUGAUGGAGAAGGCGGAUGGACCUUUGGACCAUUGGAUAUAAAUGCUGAAUUAUCGACAUCGCCAAAUCAGGAAGCAAAUAAAAAAGAAACAGAGCAGGAAGAUACGAAGACCAGCCACUAUCACAUGCUGCAUGAGCUGCGUGAUAUACACCCUGAAAAUACCUACGUGGGAAUUAGUUGAAAACUACGAUCUAUAGAAUUUUGUAUUGUAAACAAAAUGAAAGAUAUGUGGAUAUAGAAUAUGAAAUGAGAUAUCACGCACAUUCGCGAAAUGUAUGUAUAUAUUCUGUAUCUCAUAUCUAUUACAUAUAUUAAAGUAUAUAUAUGGACUAUUGAUAUGGAUAUGAAAAAGAUAAUAGAUAAAUUAUUAUGGUGUGAUAUAUAUAUAUUUGAAUGUAUAUAUAUUUUUAAGAUUGCACGUUGCGAAAAUUAUUUUUCCUACUUUUAGAAUAAUAUCGCGCGGAUGCAACAUAUUUUUAAAUAAUAUAGAAAAUAUCAUAAAAUCGCAAAAGGGAAAUUUAUACGUAUAUGUACGACUACUUUUAUAGAUUGUUCUCUAAUCUACAAUGACAUUUCAGAUGAUAUGGUUAUAAUUAGAUAUAAAAUUUAUACAGAAAUAUAUAUUUUGUGAUACACCAAAUAA